GCGCUGGCAGUUAAAAGGUCACAUCCAUGAAACUGUGUUGCAACACACACACACACAAAAAAAAAAUCACUCAUCAAUAUUCAUUCUGAAGCUCGUCAAGGUGAGCGUAUUAGCAACAGAAUAGCUGGAGUGAAAGGAUCAGCCAUGCUUGGAGGCUUCCACACAGAUUUGUUAGUCACGGCGACUCUUCUCUUUCUAACUCAGACUGGCACUCAAUGCAGGGCAGAAAUUGACACGGCACCUGUUACUUUACCAGACUGGAGAAGAGAUUCAGAAUAUGUAACACAAUGUGCAUUUGGCUCACACAGUGAAGCGUGUGAUUGGACAAUGAGUCACAGCAGCGCAUCAGAGGCGGUUGCAGUGGAUGUAAUAGAAAGUGGUGCAUUGGAUCAAGGCGAAGCCUGUCUAGAGUUCUGGUACUUGGCCACAUCUGAUGCGUCUGCACUUCGAGCUCUAAUCAAAAGCAGCACUGGCCUGGUGGAAAUCUGGACCUCACCUGUAGCGACACAAGAUUCUUGGCGACAGGUGUUUGUGCCACUAAACAUUAUUGAAUCAGGGACGAAGGUUCUUCUUGAAGCAGCAGUACCCUUGGAGAGUCAGGUCACAUUUAACCAUAUUGGAGUAAGGAGAGGCUCAUGUGGACACCAGUGUGAUUCUAACACGGAAUUAUGGACGGACGAGUUCACCCGCUGCCUCUGCUCAGAGGGCCACCUCUCCUGCUCUCCCUCCCAGUGCCCUAAGGGUCAGAUUUGCGGUCGUCAAAGAAGAGCCCCGAGGGAAAUAUCCAAGUCUGGGAUGUGUACUAUACACAGCAACACAGACUGCAGCACUUUUGAUGGAGUGCUAUUUCGCUUCAUGACGCCCUGCAACUACAUUCUGGCCAAGACCUGCUCACCUUCCGAGGCUCUGCCCACUUUUAGUGUGGAGGUGGUCAAUGGGCAUGAUGGGAAUUCAUCAAUACCAACUGUGCAGCGGGUCAUUGUGUAUGUGGGGAAUGAAAGAGUGUCUCUUCUGAAACGGCAGACACAUCGGGUCGUGGUCAAUGGAGUCUGGAGGAAUCUUCCACUAGGCCUAAGCAGCAACACUGUCAAAAUCAAGAGCAACCCGGCAGCUGUUGCACUGGAAACCAGUUUUGGUCUCUUUGUAACAUAUGACAGUGCUGGUGAUGUACAUAUCACCCUGCCAUCCGCUUACUCCCACACAACCUGUGGCUUAUGUGGCAACUUUAACCAUCGAAGAGAAGAUGACUUCAUGAAGCCUGACGGAACACCUGCAUUUGAUGCUACAGCCUUGGCUAACAGCUGGCAGAGUGGGGAGACAAACUCCACCUGUGAGACACUUCUGGUACCUCACCAGUGUGCCCCUUUGGAAGAGGCAGAGUAUGCCGGCGAUCAAUACUGUGGAGGCCUGCUCUCUAGGACUGGACCAUUUGCGACCUGCCAAUCAUUUCUGGGAGCAGAAAGCUACUUCAGGGGAUGUGUGAACAAAAUGUGCUCUGCUCACGGUGACCCGUCAGUGCUGUGUGAGACAUUGCAGAUGUAUGCUGAUAUCUGCAAGGAGGCUGGAGUCACAGUGCCUACAUGGUGGAACUCUACAAUCUGCUCUCCACAAUGUGGCGAGAACAGCCAUUACAACUCAUGUGCUAGAGGAUGCCCAGACGUGUGCUCCAAUAGGGAUUUAGUGGGACCUUGUGGAAGCUGCGAGGAACGGUGCGAGUGCGACUAUGGUUUUAAACUCAGUGGGGGAAAGUGUGUUCUAGCAGAGGACUGUGGGUGCUGGCAUGAUGGAAAUCAUUAUGAGAGAGGAGAAAGGUUUGUGGAAGGAGAGUGUGUGCAGCAGUGCCAUUGCCUGGGUGGCAAUAAUAUUCAGUGCAUUAAAAUGCAAUGUGCCAGCAAUGAGGUUUGUAAGGUUGAAUCCGGGGUCAAAGGAUGUUUCGCUAGCAAACCUGCCACCUGCAGCGUGUACGGCGAUCCACACUAUAUCACCUUUGAUGGGAUGGCGUAUGACUUUCAAGGAGGAUGCAGUUACACAUUGGCUACCACAUGCGGAGGACAAAGCGCCGUCCAUUUCACAGUGAUCGGCCACAACAUACAUCCUCCCCUUCACAACUUUACCCGGUCCAAGCUGCAAGCCACAACUCUCCAAAUUGGGGGUGUGCACAUCACAUUGAAUCAGAGCACGGAUGUCUAUGUAAACAACAGCCGUGUUUUGCUCCCUUAUUCCACUACUGCCUCUUAUGGUAUGGUUUGGGUUUACAAAAAUACCAGUUAUGUUGUCAUGGAGACAACCUUUGGACUAAAAAUGAUGAUAGAUGGGCAGAACAGGUUCUUCUUGCAAGUGGAUGAGCGCUACAAAUACGAACUGUGUGGCCUGUGCGGUACCUACUCGGAACAGCAGGACGAUGACUUCAUACAACCGAGUGGCCAAAAUGCUACAGACCCAUUUGAGUUUGGCGACAGCUGGAAGGUGCCCCACAAUAACGAGUGUGUUUCUCAUCCAAAUGAUCCCCAACCCUGUGAGAAUGAGGAAGAGAAUGAGGCUUACGCUGUGUGUUAUGCCAUCCUCGGAGAUGCCUUCAAGCCUUGCCAUGAAACCAUUCACCCAAGCAUUUACAUCAGUAGUUGUGUGUACGACUACUGUACCACAAGCGGCGACCGAGCCACCUUCUGUGAAUCUCUUGAGUCCUACGCAGCAGCUUGUCAGGUUGGAGGAGUGGAUCUACCUGAUUGGCAGAGCGAUUCUGCCUGUGAUGAGCCCCGAACUACAGAAGAUCCUCCAGCAACAACUCCCUCUUCAACACUAGAACCAGAUUUGUGUCCCAUAAACUGCGACUUUGAGAAGAACCUGUGUGGGUGGCAGCAGCUCAUACAGGACUCCUUUGACUGGACAAGAUAUUCAGGUGCCACGCCAACAAACGGAAGUGGGCCAAACCAUGACCACACCACUGGGGCGGGCUUCUACCUGUACAUUGAGGGCGACAGUGUAACCCAUGGAGACCCAGCCCGUCUGCUGAGUCCUGAGUGCCAUUACAACGCCCCAGUCUGCCUCAACUUCUGGUACCAUAUGUAUGGUUCAGCCACAGCCAUGGCCCUCAAUAUGUAUCUGAUCCAAGGAAAUAAAGCCACCAAGAUUUGGUCCAUGAAGAACAACCAGGGACAGGACUGGCAUCCAGGAAAAAUUGACAUCAAUGUCUCCAGUCCUUUCCAGAUCAUCGUGGAGGGAAUUCGGGGCUCUGAUGCUUUGUCAGAUGUGGCGAUUGAUGACAUUUCCAUCCACUUUGGUGCUUGCUCAAGUAGCCUGGGAAGUGGAAAUGAACCUCCCUUAACUGCAGAAGUCCUUCCCUCAGAACCAGUUUGCCGUUUGAACUGUAGCUUCGACAGCGGUUUUUGCAGGUGGAAUCAGAUGAGGACGGAUGCGUUCGACUGGACAUGGCAAAGCGGCUCUACGCCUACCUUAAUGACUGGGCCCUCUGCUGACCACACUGGUGAUGGUCGCUAUCUCUACAUUGAGGCCAGUAGUGUAUCCCAUGGAGACACGGCCCGCCUCAUCAGUUCUGAAUGUUCUGCCACUGGUCCUCAGUGUCUGCAGUUCUGGUACCAUAUGUACGGCUCAGCCGAUACUAUGGGGCUCCAUUUAUAUUUGCUACAGGGGAAAAAAGCAGAUGUUAUUUGGUGGAAGAGAAAUGAUCAAGGAAACAAAUGGCACUUGGCUCAGGUGGACCUGACCGUCACAAGAGCCUUCCAGAUCAUCAUUGAGGGGCGCAGGGGCUCCAAUGAAGAAUCGGAUGUCGCCAUAGACGAUGUAACGCUUUACCAUGGCCAAUGUUCAGAGCUAAGUGGUGUGGUGACCACAUACCCUCCUAGACCUGAUGGGAACGCCACAGCUCCCCCACACGUCACUUUGCCUGUAACUGCAGUUACAGAGCUUCCUGCAGUGAAUGUUACUGAUCAGUUCCCUGAUACAGCUUGGCCACCUGUAGCAAACGCCACAUUGCCUCCCAUCAUUGAAGCAACAACUGAUUUUAUUAAGAAUGUUACUGAAGCUGGAAAGAACAUACCACAAACCUCAGUGUGUCCCAUUAACUGCGACUUUGAGAAGAACCUGUGUGGGUGGCAGCAGCUCAUACAGGACUCCUUUGACUGGACAAGAUAUUCAGGUGCCACGCCAACAAACGGAAGUGGGCCAAACCAUGACCACACCACUGGGGCGGGCUUCUACCUGUACAUUGAGGGCGACAGUGUAACCCAUGGAGACCCAGCCCGUCUGCUGAGUCCUGAGUGCCAUUACAACGGCCCAGGCUGCCUCAACUUCUGGUACCAUAUGUAUGGUUCAGCCACAGCCAUGGCCCUCAAUGUGUAUCUGAUCCAAGGAAAUAAAGCUACCAAGAUUUGGUCCAUGAAGAACAACCAGGGACAGGACUGGCAUCCAGGAAAAAUUGACAUCAAUGUCUCCAGUCCUUUCCAGAUCACUGUGGAGGGAAUCCGGGGCUCUGAUGCUCUGUCAGAUGUGGCGAUUGAUGACAUUUCCAUCCACUUUGGCACUUGCUCAAGUAGCCUGGGAAGUGGAAAUGAACCUCCCUCCACUGCAGAAGUACUUCCCUCAGAACCAGUUUGCCGUUUGAACUGUAGCUUCGACAGCGGUUUUUGCAGAUGGAAUCAGAUGAGGACGGAUGCGUUCGACUGGACAUGGCAAAGCGGCUCUACGCCUACCUUAAUGACUGGGCCCUCUGCUGACCACACUGGUGAUGGUCGCUAUCUCUACAUUGAGGCCAGUAGUGUUUCCCAUGGAGACACGGCCCGCCUCAUCAGUUCUGAAUGUUCUGCCACUGGUCCUCAGUGUCUGCAGUUCUGGUACCAUAUGUACGGCUCAGCCGAUACUAUGGGGCUCCAUUUAUAUUUGCUACAGGGGAAAAAAGCAGAUGCCAUUUGGUGGAAGAGGAAUGAUCAAGGAAACAAAUGGCAUUUGGCUCAGGUGGACCUGACCGUCACAAGAGCCUUCCAGAUCAUCAUUGAGGGGCGCAGGGGCUCCAAUGAAGAAUCGGAUGUCGCCAUAGACGAUGUAACGCUUUACCAUGGCCAAUGUUCAGGGCUAAGUGGUGUGGUGACCACAUACCCUCCUAGACCUGAUGGGAACGCCACAGCUCCCCCACAUGUCACGUUGCCUGUAACUGCAGUUACAGAGCUUCCUGCAGUGAAUGUUACUGUUCAGUUCCCUGAUACAGCUUGGCCACCUGUAGCAAACGCCACAUUGCCUCCCAUCAUUGAAGCAACAACUGAUUUUAUUAAGAAUGUUACUGAAGCUGGAAAGAACAUACCACAAAACUCAGUGUGUCCCAUUAACUGCGACUUUGAGAAGAACCUGUGUGGGUGGCAGCAGCUCAUACAGGACUCCUUUGACUGGACAAGAUAUUCAGGUGCCACGCCAACAAACGGAAGUGGGCCAAACCAUGACCACACCACUGGGGCGGGCUUCUACCUGUACAUUGAGGGCGACAGUGUAACCCAUGGAGACCCAGCCCGUCUGCUGAGUCCUGAGUGCCAUUACAACGGCCCAGUCUGCCUCAACUUCUGGUACCAUAUGUAUGGUUCAGCCACAGCCAUGGCCCUCAAUGUGUAUCUGAUCCAAGGAAAUAAAGCUACCAAGAUUUGGUCCAUGAAGAACAACCAGGGACAGGACUGGCAUCCAGGAAAAAUUGACAUCAAUGUCUCCAGUCCUUUCCAGAUCACUGUGGAGGGAAUCCGGGGCUCUGAUGCUCUGUCAGAUGUGGCGAUUGAUGACAUUUCCAUCCACUUUGGUGCUUGCUCAAGUAGCCUGGGAAGUGGAAAUGAACCUCCCUCAACUGCAGAAGUCCUUCCCUCAGAACCAGUUUGCCGUUUGAACUGUAGCUUCGACAGCGGUUUUUGCAGGUGGAAUCAGAUGAGGACGGAUGCGUUCGACUGGACAUGGCAAAGCGGCUCUACGCCUACCUUAAUGACUGGGCCCUCUGCUGACCACACUGGUGAUGGUCGCUAUCUCUACAUUGAGGCCAGUCGUGUAUCCCAUGGAGACACGGCCCGCCUCAUCAGUUCUGAAUGUUCUGCCACUGGUCCUCAGUGUCUGCAGUUCUGGUACCAUAUGUACGGCUCAGCCGAUACUAUGGGGCUCCAUUUAUAUUUGCUACAGGGGAAAAAAGCAGAUGUUAUUUGGUGGAAGAGGAAUGAUCAAGGAAACAAAUGGCACUUGGCUCAGGUGGACCUGACCGUCAUAAGAGCCUUCCAGAUCAUCAUUGAGGGGCGCAGGGGCUCCAAUGAAGAAUCGGAUGUCGCCAUAGACGAUGUAACGCUUUACCAUGGCCAAUGUUCAGAGCUAAGUGGUGUGGUGACCACAUACCCUCCUAGACCUGAUGGGAACACCACAGCUCCCCCACACGUCACUUUGCCUGUAACUGCAGUUACAGAGCUUCCUGCAGUGAAUGUUACUGAUCAGUUCCCUGUUACAGCUUGGCCACCUGUAGCAAACGCCACAUUGCCUCCCAUCAUUGAAGCAACAACUGAUUUCAUUGCACAGGACAAACCACAACAGUCAGAGUGCCAGCUCAGUUGUAAUUUUGAAAAAGAUUUAUGUCAGUGGAGUCAACUGCUUGCUGAUGCUUUUGACUGGACAAGACACAGUGGCCGAACUGCCUCCAUUAAGACGGGGCCUUCUUCAGAUCACACCACAGGACAUGGCCACUAUCUGUAUACUGAAGCCAACGGUGUAUCCCAUGGAGACACGGCCCGUCUCAUCAGUUCUAAAUGUUCUGCCACCGGUCCACAGUGUCUGCAGUUCUGGUACCAUAUGUACGGCUCGGCGGAUACUAUGGGCCUCCAUGUAUAUUUGCUACAGGGAAAAAAAGCUGAUGCUAUUUGGUGGAAGAGGAAUGAUCAAGGAAACCACUGGCGCUUGGCUCAGGUGGACCUGACCGUCACAAGACCCUUCCAGAUCAUCAUUGAGGGGCGCAGGGGCUCCAAUGAAGAAUCUGAUGUUGCCAUAGACGAUGUAACGCUUUACCAUGGCCAAUGUUCAGAGCUGAGCAAUGUGACAACACACCCUCCCAUACCUGAUGAGAACGCCACUGUUCCUGCAGUUACACAGCUUCCUGCAGUGAAUGUUACUGAUCCAACCUAUGUUACAGCUGGGCCACCUGUUGCAAAUGUCACAUUACCUCCCAUCAUUGAAACAACAACUGAUUCUAUUAUGGAUGGCAAUGUUACUGUAGCUGAACAGAACAAGCCAUCACACUCAGUGUGUCAGCUCAACUGUAAUUUUGACCAAGAUCUGUGCCAGUGGAGUCAACUACUUACGGAUGUGUUUGACUGGACGAGGCACAGUGGCCCAACUCCUACAAUUAUGACAGGGCCCUCUUCAGAUCACACAACAGAAAAUGGCCACUAUCUUUACAUUGAAGCCAACAGCGCGUCACAUGGAGACACGGCUCGUCUCAUCAGUUCUAAGUGUUCCGCCUCCGGUCCAAAGUGUCUGCAGUUCUGGUACCACAUGUACGGCUCUGCCGAUACAAUGGGCCUCCAUGUCUAUUUGCUGCAGGACAAAACAGCUGAUGCAAUUUUGAUGAUGAGGAACAAUCAAGGAAAUGUGUGGCGUCAAGCUCAGGUUGACAUCACCACAGCUGGACAUUUUCAGAUCCUUUUCGAGGGACGACGAGGUUCUAAUGAUCGGUCAGAUGUGGCCAUAGAUGAUAUAUCACUAUAUCGUGGGCGCUGUGCAGACCUGACUAAUCCAACCCUCCCUCCUCCCAUAACAACUGAUUUGGUUACAGACAUAAUCUCAAACAUUACACAACCACAAAAUACAAACUCUACGUCAACAACAACAGACACAACUGGCUCAAACACACAGACCACCACAAGACCUAAGACCCCAAACCCGAAUGCCUCAACAACAACGCCUGCAGCUCCCGUCACAAUUGGACCUCAGACCACCGCUACAGCUUUCCCAUCAUCAACCGACCACCAAGUAGAUGAAGGAACAGAAGAACCAGGACCUGAACCAACAGCCGAGGAAAUAACGACAGCGAUUACAUAUCCCAAAACCUCAGCUAGACCCCUACCCACUGGAUCCCACCCACAAACAUCAGUGAAACCAGAAACUCCACCAGGAACAGUUACACAACCUCCAACAACAGCAACACCACAAGCAGCAACAACCAAUGAACAACAAUCAGCAAGUACUGUUAAACCACAGCAUCCAAAUGGAACUCAAGCAGCAACAACCACUGCUGGAUCAACGCCCCCCUGUCCACAGCAUAGUCAUUACUCCGCUUGUAUCUCCGCCUGUGGCCCAACCUGUAGAUAUGUCAAUGGCCCACCAGGCUGUAAUGACACUGAAGAUUGUGAGCCGGGAUGUGUGUGUGAUGAUGGCUAUGUGCUGAGACGGGGAGUUUGUGUACCUGUCCAGCAAUGUGGAUGUGUGGACAGAGAUGGCAAUAAAUACAGCUUUGGUCAAGAGUGGUACACCAGCCACUGCAGCCACAAAUGUCAAUGUCAGAGACAAGAUGGCCUCGGGGAGAUUGACUGUGAUGAAGAUGAGUGUGAUAAUAAUGCUGUUUGCCUCCAAAGUGAAGAAGGGCAUUACUACUGCCAGAAAACAGGCUUUGAUAGGUGUUUGAUAAAUGGAGAUCCACAGUACAGAACUUUUGAUAACAUGAAGCAUGACUUUGAGGGUGAGCACUCAUAUGUGCUGGUCCGAACCAAAAAUUUGCCCAGUAAUCUCCCGGACGUCUACAUAGAGGGCAACAAUACACCCAUUAAAGAUGAUGAGGACAAUAGCAGUGAAGAAGAAGAUGAUGGUGAUGAUGACGACGAUGAAAAUGAUGGUGACGACGAUGAGAAUGAUGGUGACAAUAACAGCAAUGAGGAUGAUGAACACCACAGAUUACAAGGGCUCACAGUGAAAGUGUACAAUCAUACAGUGGAGUUCAAGAAGGGUCAGAAGUUAUUUGUGGAUGGACAGAGAACCAAGACUCCUGUUUCACCAUCACUUGGUUUGAAGAUUCAGAAGCAUUCCUCUCACAUCUAUGUCAAUACUGACUUUGGUCUCGCAGUGAAGUUUGAUGGACGCAGCGAUGCAGAAAUAACUCUACCACGUGUAUACAAACGAAAGGUGGGGGGUCUCUGCGGAAACUUUGACGGCAGAAUGCUGAAUGACCGCAUGAGGCCUGACGGCACCAUGGCCAAGACUGUUCAAGAAUUUGGAGACAGCUGGAGAGUGUGACUAUAAAUUGGAUGAAACAAACAGCAUUCAAUAACGAACUCUUGACCUCCCAUACAACACAGCUUGAUAACAAUAUCUGCAUUCAUAUGUGACAUGUUUUUUCAGUAUCCCAAACACUAUAUGCAAAAUCUAAAUAGCCAAUUGCUUUGUUCACAGCUAACGUCUUUAUAUUUUGUUGAGAAAUGUGUGUACUUUGCUCAGCUGUUGCUAUAACUUAAUGACAAUUGCUAUGUGCAGUAUUUAAAGAGAAUGUCAUACAUGAUUCCUUAAUUUAUGGUAACCCAGCAUUCAUUACAUGCAGCGUAUUCAAGCUAAAAACAGAACAUGGAAAUUCACAAUCAAAUGAUUUAUUGCAUCUUACUUUUGGAAAUAAGUGAUCACCAUGUACUGAAUGUAACUCCAA